CACGAGAAGAUGAACACGGAGCGCAAGCUCACGGACGAGCAGCGGCGUGAGAAGAUCGAGACCAAGAAGGUCGAGGAAGAGAAGAAGGGCAUAUACGGCGCCGUCUUCAAGGUCAAGACGCUUUCGGACCCGUCGCACCGCUUCAAGGUGCGCAAGAACGCGGAGCAGAUGAACUUGACGGGCGCCUGCAUCUUCCAUCCGACCUUCAGCAUGGUCUACGUCGAGGGCGCGUCAAAGUUCAUCCGGCAGUACAAGAAGCUCAUGCUCCGGCGCAUCGCGUGGACGGAAGCUGCGCGCGAACGCGGCGCGGAGGACGUCGAGAUCGAGGGCGCGGAAGAUGGCGAGGGCGGCAGCGGGAAGGGCAAGGGGAAGGCUGCCGUGCCUGGGGAGCACGGACAGGCGUCGCUCGAGGACAACCACUGCUGGCUGAUUUGGGAGGGCCAGCUGCGGGAUCGGGCCUUCAACAACUUCAAGCCGAAGAGUUGCCCGACGGACUCGGCGGCGAAGGAGAUGGGCGGG